AUUCCCGAAGAUAUUUUUUUCGAUCACGGAAAUGACCGAGUAGUUACGGUUGCUUACAACGAUGAAUCCAAAACAGAAAGUAGCAGCAGGUUUCAUUGUUUUCAGACGCUUCGAAAAAGAAAUUCAGUAUUUAUUGCUUCAAACUUCGUAUGGUGAACAUCACUGGACACCACCUAAAGGCCACGUGGACCCUGGAGAGACGGAACUACAAACUGCCCUGAGAGAAACCGAGGAAGAGGCGGGGCUGAAGAAGAACGAUUUCAACAUGUUUGACAACUUCCAAAGGACAUUGAACUAUGAAGUAAAUGGGAAACCAAAGAAAGUGGUGUACUGGCUCUCGGAGCUAAAGGACCCCCACACACCGGUGACGCUGUCUGACGAACAUAUUGACUAUAAGUGGCUCAAUCUUAACUCUGCGUUAAGCUGUGUUAAAAAAUACAAAGACUUUCAACAAGUUCUAAAUGAGGCAGAAAGUUUCAUUAAGUCAAAUUUGAAAUAAAGUUUUUGUAAGCAU